AUGCGGUGGGUAUUGUCUUUAAUACUUCUCAUCGCUUUUGCGGAAGCUCAAAAUCAAGAUGUUCCUGUUGUCAUCAAGCUUCAACCUGGAAAUCGUGCUCAGUUCAUGCAGACUCAUAUGCCAAGAGCUGUUCCAACUCCAGAAGUCGCUCCUAACACUCGUGUUCCAAGCGAACAAGUUGUUCCUCAAAUCAACAGAGCUGUUCCACCAGUUGUCAGUGCUCAACAACCAGUAGUUUCAGCUGUUGGAGCUCCAGGAACUCAAACUUUCUCAUCCCGCCAGCCAACCGUUGUUGCUGGUCCAUCUGUUACUAUUCCUCCAGAUGUUCAAAAUCAGCUCAUCAAGUUCUUCGGGCUUGAUUCCUUUGGAAUUCCAGGAUUGACUGGAAAUCAUCCACAAGGACUGGCUGGAGCUUUACAAGAGCUCAGAGCAUCAGGAGUUCCGGUAGCUGGAGUUCCUCAAACCAAGGAAGGAACCAAGAACGAUGACGUUUUAGCUCAAGCUAACCCUAACUUCACUAACCAACUUGAUCAACUCGCACAAAAAGCUGAGAACCCAGGACCAUACAGACCUGCUCCCUCUUCUCAAUUGCCAGCUGAAACCCCAGGAGAGAAUGGUUUCAUCGGACUCUUAUCUAACUCCAUCCGUAAAUUAGUGAAAGAUACCGGAGUUUCUGACGCUCUUUCUAACUCCCUGCCAUCACUUUUGGGAACUGGAUCAACAUCUGAAAGUCAACGACCAUCAGCUGCCGUUGCUUCUAAUGAUCAAGAAGCUGUGACCCAUGUCAAGGGAGAGAACAUCAGAAGAAAGCCAUCAUCAUCGUCAUCCUCUCCAACUCAAGGAGUUUUGUCUGGAUUAGCUGCUGCUCUCGGAGGAGGAGGAAAGAACUCUCCCACUCAUGCUGGACUUCCAAGAAUCCCUGGAAUCCCACUUCUCCCAGGAGGUAUCCCACGUAACUCUGAAGGACAAAUUGACGUAGUUCAAUUGAUCGGAUCUGUUACAAAGAAGAUUUCCAAUGGAACUACUUUGGCUGAUGUUCUUCCACCAGAGCAAUUGCAAACUCUUGCUGAUAACGUAACCGACGCCCUCUUGCCAGAUGUUCCAAACGAUUUCGAGUUCUCCAAGUUCAUGGGACGUUGGUUCGAAGGAAUCAACUCUCCACGCGCCACCGAACAACGUUGUGUUGUCCAUCAUUACGGAGGAUUAACUAAGAACGACAAGACUGCCACUUUCACCGCUUUGAAGAUUUACCGUGAAGGAUCAGAGUUCGGACCAGUCAAGUAUUCCAUUGGAUAUGCUUUCCGUGGAGGAAACAAGAAUGCCAUGCUUACUCUUCAUACAUCUGAGAACAGCGAUACUCAACCAUUCUGGAUCUACAAGCUUGGACCCGAAGGAAAAGACCCAUUCGGUAACUCUCAAUACGAAUAUGCCAUCGUUUCUAACUGGGUGAAAUAUCCUGUGACUGUGUUGGUUCGUGAUCCAGAUAGCUUCAAGACGAAAUACCAGAAAGAGGUUCUCAUCUGGCUUGAGAAGGAAGGAUUCGUCAACGGUUUCAUCAGAGCUUUCAAUAUGUUGCAACCAGCCUCAUACUCUAGUUGUCAAUAUGCCGACAGCACUUUCGAAGUUUUCGGAUAA